AUGGCUUCGCCUAAGGAAUCCGAGUGGUCUGAGCGUCGCCUCGCCAAGCUUAGGAGGCGCAUGAACCGUUCCCCAACACCAUUGCCCUCACCCGUGCUAUCGCGGUCUCCUUCUCCACUAGCCUUGCCACCUCCGCUUCAUACAGAGCAACAAGCACAGUCUGACGGCUACCCCGAGCUAUUGCAUCCGCAACCUCGUCUUAAAUACGACCCCUCUAAGUCCCCCCGAUUUUCCGACCUAUGCCAGCAACUUCCCGAGCCAGACAAACAAGCCCACCGAGGCUUCCUCGAAUCACAACUCCACGAUAUCCUCGCAGAGCUCGACAAAACUCCGUCUACAACAUUAUCUCUUCGCCAACAACUUAAGUCCCAAGCGCACGACAUCCUUAGGUUGCUAAACGGUCUUCCGCCUGAACCAUGUACUUGUCCAAAACACCCAGAUACGGCUAAAGACCUAGGCGAGGCCAGAGCGGAUAACAGCAAGGUCAUGCACCUUAUCCCCGCGAAAGUACCUAAAGCAUACCUACCAGCUCCGAAUAAUCAAUGCCGAUUCAACACCCUACUCCGCAAAGCAAGUCAACUCUGCCAGAAAGCAGAAGCCGAAGUGUAUAUGAAGAUUCGGAUUGAUGGUCGGUUCUAUGUGUACAACUCGGUCGACCCGGCUUCUCGAUUAGCAUUCGAGCCUAGUGCUCACGAGAAAGUCAUAAACGUGGCAAUCACCAGCGGCGAGCCGGCAUAUAAUGGUUGAGAUGUUUCAGGAAAGUGAAAGAAGGACAUGAUGCAUUGAAGCGAGCAUAUAUGAUGGUAGAUGGUUUUAUUUGUCUUCUACAUUGUACAUCUCUAGAUGCCUAUAUCUAUAUCUCUGUUAGCCUGUUUUAUCCCUUAAUAUCCACGGGCAUUGUACCUCGAUAAUCCCAA